AUGCGACAAACCCAAGAAAGCGUUUACAAACUAAAGAAAGGGAAAAAGAUACCGGUCAAAUGGAUGGCACCAGAAGCACUGUACAACAGUGAAUACACCACGAAAAGCGAUGUGUGGUCUUUUGGAAUUCUUCUCUGGGAACUCUGUACAAUGGGAGGAAAUCCUUAUCCUGGAAUAAACAACAAGGAGUUGUACAAUCUUCUCAAAACAGGAUAUCGCAUGGAAAAACCAGACACAUGCUCUGAUAAACUUUAUCAGCUGGUUCAAAGUUGUUGGACGGAGAAGCCCAGCGAAAGACCGACAUUUGAAAGUGCGACGAAAUCACUGGAAGAAAUGAUGCAGGAGGACACUCCAUAUCUGGACUUUGAAUCGCUUGAUGAGUCCAAGGCAUAUUACUGUAGCGAGAAGCUUUCUGACGACGAUGUCGCAGACACCUUUCUGUAA